CUUAUAAAAAAGAAGUACAUCACAUGCCAAGUCAAAACCAUUCAAAUUUACAUACUUGUACGACAACAACAACCACUUUCCGGUAUAUUUAUAUAGUCACGCGAAAUAGGAUAAGAGUCGUCAUAGAUUAUUAUUUUCCUCUUUUCUUUUCUUUUCUUAUUUUUUUUUCCUCUCCUCUUCUUUAUAGUAACAUACAUGGCUGAUCAACUUACUGAAGAACAAAUUGCUGAAUUUCGUGAAGCUUUCACCCUUUUUGAUAAAGAUGGGGAUGGUUUUAUAACUACAAAAGAGCUUGGAACUGUUAUGCGUUCUCUGAAUUUAAAUCCUACUGAAGCUGAACUUCAAGACAUGAUUAAUGAAGUAGAUAGUGAUGGUAACGGCACAAUUGAUUUUGCUGAGUUUUUAUCCAUGUUAGCAAGAAAAAUGAAGGAUACUGAUUCUCAAGAAGAAAUUGAAGAGGCUUUCAAAGUCUUUGAUAAAGAUGGUAAUGGAUAUAUUUCUGCUGCAGAACUACGUCACGUCAUGACUUCACUUGGAGAAAAGUUAUCUGAAGAUGAAGUUGAUGAAAUGAUUCGUGAAGCUGAUGUUGAUGGAGAUGGACAAAUUAACUACCAAGAAUUUGUUAAAAUGAUGGUAAAUAAAUAA